AUGGACCCAAUCAAGUAUAUUUUUGAAAAGCCUUCUCUCACGGGAAGAGUUACCCGUUGGCAAAUGAUUGUAAAAGAGUAUGAUAUUCAGUAUACGACUCAAAAAGCCAUCAAGAGUAGUAUAGUUGCUGAUUAUUUGGCUCAUCAACCUAUAAAGGAUUAUCAGCCAAUGAAGUUUGAAUUUCCUGAUGAAGGCGUGUUGUUUCUCAAAGAAUUUUAUAAUAGACUAGACCCAGAUGAAGGCCCAGAACCAGAAUCGUGGUGGACGCUCGUGUUCGAUGGUGCUUCAAAUGCUUUGGGAAAUGGUGUUGGAGCUGUCAUUACUUCUCCCACAGGUUUUCAUAUCCCUUUCUCCGCCAGAAUCUGUUUUGAUUACACAAAUAACAUGGCCGAAUAUGAAGCUUGCAUCUACGGGAUUGAAUCAGUUAUUGACUUGAGAAUCAAAUAUCUGAAGGUAUAUGGGGACUCAACUCUGGUUAUCGGUCAAAUCCAAGGAAAGUGGGAGACAAGACACCCAAAUUUGAUUCCAUACCAGAAGCACAUACUGAAGUUGAUUCCGUAUUUUAAGGAGAUCAAGUUUGACCAUAUCCCGAGGGAAGAGAACCACUUAGAAGAUGCACCGGCUACUUUGGCAUCCAUGUUAAAAGUUAAAUGGGUAAAUGGGGCCCCCUCCAUCAGCAUCAUGAGGUUGGAUGAGCCAUCAUUUUGCUAUGCAGAUGAUAAGCCUUAG